AUGACUCCCACUGGUAAGUCUAUUCAUAUCAAUCCACGGGUACUGGAGGCGCAGUAUGCAGUGCGUGGACUUAUCCCUAUGCGUGCGGAUGAGAUCAAGAACGAGUUGACGACACCGGAGGGAAAGGGCAAGUACCCCUUCUCCAGUCUGGUGUACUGCAACAUUGGAAACCCACAGGCCCUGGAUCAGAAGCCACUGACGUUCUUCCGACAGGUAAUGGCACUGGUAGAUGCGCCGUUUCUUCUGGAGAAUGAGAAGGUCGUAUCACAGUUCCCAGAGGACGCUGUGGCACGCGCGAAGGAGUAUUUGGGCCACAUUGGGAACCGCACUGGUGCGUACACAGACUCUGCUGGCUACGCCUUUGCACGCGAUAUUGUGGCACGACACAUCAACGAACGUGAUCGGAAUGUGAAGCCGUUGGAGGAUGCCUCAUCAAUUGUGUUGACGGACGGUGCGAGCACGGGUGUACGUCUGCUGCUGCAGGUCCUUGUGGGUGGAGCCAGUGAUGGUGUGAUGAUUCCAAUCCCACAGUACCCGCUGUACACAGCCCAGAUUUCGUUGCUCGGCGGCACACCGGCCAUGUACUACCUGGAGGAGAGUGAGCGAUGGGCGCUGAACGUUGCGGAGCUGAACAGUGUGUACGACGACUGUGUGAAGAAGCACAAUGCGACCCCGCGUGUGCUUGUGGUGAUCAACCCCGGCAAUCCGACUGGCGGUGUACUGGAGCGCGGCGUGAUGGAGGAGGUGGCGAAGUUCUGCUGUGAUCGCGGUGUGGUGUUAAUGGCCGACGAGGUGUACCAGGAGAACAUCUACGCAGAGGAACGACGGUUUGUGAGCUUCCGCGAGGUGGUGCUUGGACUGCCGGCACCGUACAACACAGACACCAUGCUGGUCUCGCUGCACUCAACGUCUAAGGGCAUUAUUGGCGAGUGCGGGCGUCGUGGUGGAUACUUCAGCAUGACAAACCUACCGUCGUUACUGCGGGAGCAGGUGAUGAAGAUGUGUUCGAUCAACUUGUGCAGCAAUGUGAACGGGCAGCUAAUGACCGCACUGAUGUGCUCACCGCCGCGCUCUGGUGAUGCGAGCUACGAAUCGUACUGGUCAGAGUACAACUCCAUCUUCAGCAGCCUGAAGAAGCGUGCAUUGAUGCUGGCAAAGGAGCUAAAUACGAUCCGCGGGUUUGAGUGCCAGCCGGUGGAGGGUGCGAUGUACGCAUUCGCACAGAUCCGCUUGCCGGAGAAGUACAUGCGGCGCAACGAUGAGCUGAACGCACAGGAGGGCCGUAAGCUCUCGGCAGACGCGCGCUGGGCUCUGGAGCUGCUGGAGAGCACCGGUAUUGUCAUUGUGCCCGGCUCUGGCUUUGGACAGCGACCCAACACAAUGCACUUCCGCACAACGAUCCUGCCACCGGAGCAGCAGAUGGAGCGCAUGGUGCAGUCACUGCGCAGCUUCCAAGAGGGUAUCUGGGAGAAGUACGUGUAA